AUGCUUCUCAAGAGAGGAGAACUUAAAAUGAGGGGGUCCAUGAAAGAGCAUGGAGAGGAUUUGUCUGUCCUUGACCUCUGCUACGACUUUGUCACCACCCCCAAGUCCACCGUCAACUCCUGGACUUACUGCAGCUCCAUUUCCAUCCGGGAGUGCAUCUUCCAAGUGUUUUCCUUACUGCUGUUUGUUUGUGCUGCGCUCUACAUCCUCAAGGCGAUGUCCCUCGAUUGUCAUGUCGCCAUCUGCCUCCCGCUGCGCUAUGAUGUCAUCAUGGUUCGAGGGACCUUGGAGAAGAUGGUAGACACCUCCUGGCUCAGCAGGGUCCUUUCUGCCAUCUUGCAUACUUCCGCCAACUUCUCGAUUCCCCUGCGAGGGACGAGUGUGAUCCACCAAUUCUUCUGUGAGAUCCCCCAGAUCAUCAGGCUCUCCGAUUCCAAUGGGAAGGUUUGGGAAUUUGUAGCCAUGAUCCCUUCGUCAAGCCUGAGCUUGGUCUGUUUCUUGUCCGUCACUGUCUCCUACAUUCACAUUUCCUCAGCCAUGUUGAAGUUGUUGUCCGGAGAUAGUCAACCCGAAGCCGUCUCCACCCACCUGCCCUACCUCAUUGUCACCACUUUAUUAAUUUCCACCGGUGAGGUGGCCUAUCUUAAACCCGUGUCCGACUCCCCUUCGUUGCUGGACCUGCUGGUGUCCGUGUUCUACGCCAUGGUCCCCAACAGCCCUGAACCCCUAUUAUCUACAGCCUGA